CCGCGGCAGACAAUAAUAUUAAUAUUAUAUAAUAUCGUCGCGAUUUUAUUCCGUGUUUUCAAUGUAACUUCAGGUUUCCGAGGCGUUUUAGUGCGGUUUAGUUCUGUUUAGUUUUUUUUUUUUUUUUUUUACAUUCACAUCAACAACUGUCAAUCAUAUUUCGUCUCGACGUUUUAUACUCAUACUGAUGAAUUUCGACAUAACGGCACUUCUGUGAAAUAUCGGUAAACAUAGUAUAGCGAAAUAUACCUAGUUACUUUACAGUUAUUAGUUAUUAUAGACGAACGAUGUUUUUUUCAAGCAUUAUAUUUAUUAAGUUCAAUGUUGAACUGUUUUGUUUUCUAACGGUGAUCAGAGACCGUACAAAUUAAAUUCUAUACUAAAUUUUAAUAAUUAUUGAUAUCUUAUAAAAAAUAGCUCAAGUUAGUUUGAAUUAUUAUAAACAUAGACAAAUGUAACCGUACCUAAAUAUAUCAACACUAAUAUUUCCAAAUUAAAAAAAAAUUAAAAUAGAUUUUAUUCAAUCAUUUAUUUUUUUAGAUCCUUAGCGUAGCUACAUUUACAACGAUUGUGUUACUGUGUGUUUUAUUUUUUUGUAUUUGUUAAUAAUUUUUCUACCAGUGUUUACAAAAAUGAAAAGAAAUCUUAUAUAUAGUUGGUACACUGAUAAGGUUAAUUGAAUAAUUUACAUGCUCAAAUUAUUUUUGAAAUGAAUUUUCACUCAUAAUUGAAUGUGCUGAUGAAGGUAGUUUAUUCAAAAAAAUAUUUGUGUUUAAUAUUUAUAUAUUUUUUUAAAAAUGAAAAUAUAUAAAAUUGAAUUUUAAACUAAUAUAUACAAUUUAUUUAUUUAUUAUAAAUAAUGUAAUGUAUACCUGUAAGCAACGAUAAACCAUUCCUUACAAAAUAACGAUUCUGAGCAGAUUUCAGUUGAUAGUGAUGCUUUCUAAAUAAUAUAUAUAUAUAUGUGAUUUUAUAGUAAAAAUUAUUAAAUUGGCUUUCUAUAUUAUUUUGCUUUAAUAAUAUUUGUUUAAUGUUGUACCGAUUUUUCUAGUUUUUCUACGUUUUUCUUGGUUUUCCCAUGUUUUAUCCCGGUUUUUUACAUUUGCUUGGAGAAUUCUUGGAAAAAUCAAAUAAUGACCUCCUUAAGUACUUUCCCAGUUAGAUUUACUUUUAGAAAAAGUGCUGUCAUUGUAAAUCGGUUCAAAAUUGCUGGUAGAAAAGUUGUGCACAUUUCUUAUAUUUUCCAGUUUUUUUUUCGGUUUUUCAAAUUUGAUGAGAAAACUCUUGAGAAAAUCGAAAAAUGACCUCCUUACAGUAUCAUCCCAAAAAAAUUUCCUUUCAGAAAAGGUUCCACAUUGCAUAUACUUUAGAGUAAGUCUUCUGGCAUAAAAGUUGUUCGCAGAUAAUAAAUAAUCAUCUUUGUAUAUCUAUAAACUUCUUCAUUCCAUUCAGAAUCUUAAAGUUAUGUAACUAAUAAUGCUCGAAAUUGCCCACUUAAUUAUUAUAGUUUUUAUAAAAUACAGAUGUUGCAGACUUAAUUGCAAUAAUUUUCAUACACCUUUAUCCACCUUUGUACUCCUAGUUAAGAUCUGAAUAUACACCUAUCAUAUAUUACUCUAAAAUUUGAAUCUACUAUAUCUAAAAUUAUUCCCCUUAUACUAUAAGUAUACUUAUAGUACUUAUACUUAUACUUAAGUAUACUUACUUGUAAGUGUUUAUACAUCGGUUAUGUAACUAUCUAUAGGUUUUACCAAAUUAUUGGGAAAAUCAAAAAGUGACUUUCCUAAAGUACCUUCCCAGUCAGAUUUCCUUAUAGAAAAAGUGCUAUCAUUGUAAAUCGGAGCAAAAUCGCUGGUAUAAAAGUUGUCCGCUGAAAAAAAAACUAAUACAUUCCUCACUCCAUUCAGAAUCUAAAAAAAAUGUUGGAGACUGGGGCAUCCCAAGAAUAUUUUCCCUAUUUUUAUAUAUUAUCUAAUAUAAUAAUAUUACAAAAGUUAUAACAUUAUAUUUUAUAUUUUUUAUCAUUAACUAUAAAUUAUAGGAAAUUAUAUUAUUUUCUUAUUUUCUUUAAAUCGAUUACAGAUCAAUUGGCGCGGAAAAAGAGACGAAAAUUAUUUAUACUUGAACAUCUUACACGCGGAAAAAUGAAAUGGCCAAAGUUCUCGAUAAAAUCGAACAUCGACGAGUUCGGCUACGGGUUUAAAUCCACUUUGGCGCAGGUAUUUAUAAUACACAUUCAUGACUAUACCAGAACGGCGUUCAAUGGAAGCCACCGAAUUUAUUGUCGACUGUAAAGAAAAAAAAAAUAUUAUUAUCAAACUUUAUGAUCCCUCGGAUAUCAUAAAAAUACUAUAUAAAUAUUUCGAGUGUAUUACAUUUUACUUCCUCCUUAGAUUUUUGCGUUGACGACCACGUAUCUAUUCAUAAUGAAAGCCGGAAUCGAUUCGAUCACACCGACGGUAAUCAUUGGGGCCGUCACCGACAAUCGAAAUACCGAUUACAAUAAUCCUCUGUCUGACCUGUCCGAAGAACAAAUGUCCUGGAUCGGUGAGUUCGCCGGCUCGUACAUAUUAUAUAUAAUAAUUAUUAACGGUUUUUAAUUAUAAAAAUCCAGAAUCGCGCAAAGGUCCGACGGGUAGUUUGAUAAUGCGUGUUUAGUAUUUAUUUUUUGAUAUUAAAUAUUAUACUGUUAAUCGUGAACGACCGGCGACGGUGACCGCUGUAACCGUGGUUAUGGUACUUGAAUAUCAUAGAUUUCGUAUAUAUCAUAAUGAUAUACCCAGACUCUAGAUGACUCACCUAGUUAAUCCAUCGAUCUGUUGUUGACCUUAUAGUAAAUUUUCGUAAAUGUAGUUAUUAUGAUUAUUAUAAUUUGCAAAUAAUUAUCAAUAAUAAUAUGUUACGACGAGAGAAAGUUAUGAAUACCAAGAUGAAUACAAUAAUAAAAAUAACAUAAUAGAUCACUUUAUUUAUAUAUAUUGGCAAGACUAAUGAAUUUGAACAGCACGGAAUAUUAUUAUAUUUGUUGCUCUGAACGUCAUUAUAAUGUUUAAAUCUCAGAUUAAAUGCAAAACAGAUUGUUUUUUUUUUUGUUACUUCUCUAAAAAAAUGUUGGCGUAAAAAAAGAUUCGUCUUCUUAAGCUACAUUUCCAACCAGUACUUACAAAUUACACGAACUUGUAACAUAAUGUAUCGAAACGGUACUUACAGGAAGUCUGGUGUACUUGUUCCCACCAGUGGGCAGCGUCGCAGCGUCCCUAGGGCAAGACUAUUUUGGACACCGGAAAUGUAUGAUGUUCUCGGACGUCAUGAACAUAGCGACAAUAGGUAUUCUGAUGUUCGCCAACACCCCAGAGUUUCUAUACGCCAUUUCGGCCGUGAUGGGCUUUAAUAUGGGCUUCAUUACCACCUUCACCAUAUCCUAUUGUGGCGAAGUGUGUGAACCCAAGCUACGCGGCGUCCUGAUGACCGUCAUUAACUUGUUUUACUUUGCCGGAUACUUGUGCGUGACCACGUUGUACGCCAUCACGGCCGACUGGAAACUAUCGGUGCUGCUUACUGUGACCAUACCGAUAGCCGCCGCCGUGUUCUUGAUCAAGGUGAACUACAGAUAACAUACACAAUUUAUCUAAUGGUAUAUUGUCAGUGGUUAAAAUGGGAGACGAUAGGGGACGGAUCAUUUAAGGUAAAAUUAUAUGUUUUCGUUAGUUUAAGACUUACUUUUUCAGAGCCCGGAGGGACGCUUUAGCUAUUGUCCCUGAGAUAUUUUUAAUGAAAUUUUAAAAACUCGAAUUAGUUUUAUUAGCAUCUUUAAUAUUUUUAAUAUUUAGUUAUAUGUAAUCAGUUAAUAAUCUGUUUUACUUUAUUUUUACUGAGCAGGUGUCAGAUAUAGUAUAGAUAAAUAAGAUCAUAUUUGAGGGGGUGGUGCAAUUUAUUUUUAAACCCUAUUACAUCGGUAGCAUUUUUACAGUCAAAUGUGUAUGAAAAAUAAUAAUUUUGGAAGUCUUUUCUUUAUGACGGGAUUCCUGAAGGAUUAGUUAAGUUUAACUAGUUAUCGGGAAAGCCCCACAACUUAUGAUGAAUAAAAAACAUUCUUUGACGUUUUUCCCACGUUAACCACUGUAUAAUAUCCAUGAUUAUUGUUAAGGUUUCGCGUGUCUCGAUAGAAUAGGUAAUCAUAGACUGCUUGGAAAUGAUGUCCGUUAGAGAACAUACGGUAUUAUACGGUGGGAAAUAUAUUUUUUUAUUGGAGGAUUUUACUCAGCUGAGAUGAAGGUAACAAUAUAGUAUUAUUCAGUUGAUCAAAUUAAAUACAUUUUUCUUAAUCCGUGUUCCCCGUUUACUCAAGUUACUUAUUCCAUAUUAUAUUUUAAAGAUAAGUUUAUCAAAAAAAAACGCACUUUUAUUAAUAAUACAUAAUUAUGAAAAUAUAUAUUAUACCAGCAUUAAAAUUAAUCGAUUUUAGACUCCCGAUUCGCCAAUGUGGUUGUUGUCCAGGGGCAGAACGGAGGAGGCGAAACAAACGUUAAAAAAACUCAGAGGUGAUGCCACCGAAGAAAGUUGCAACAAAGAAUUCGAAGAUAUGAUCCAAUACACGUCUAACAUGAACAAUCCCAUAACAGGUUUUAUUAUAUUAUGAUUUGUAGAUUCGGAGCAAAGCGAGGAUUUUAUUUUUGUACUGUGUACACAAUUUUUAUCAAAAAUCUUAUUCCGAUGUAUCAGAGUAGCAUUUUCUCUGAAAGGAAAUUUCAUCUAGUUGACUCUAUAAGCAGAAUUGAUUUUCCAAGCGGUUUUCAUAAUAAUUGUGAAAAACCGGAAAAAAAUUGUAAAAUGAAAAUUUAAAGCUUUACGAUUUUAUUAUUUUAAAUUUUUACGCUUCAUGUUUUCUACGGGAAAUUUUGUUUCAAUAUAUAAAUGACAAUAAAUAAUUAUUGUUACAUUUUUAACAUUUUUGAUAAAAAAUAAAUUCGUUUUUCAAUUGUCUAAGAAAUACUCAUAAUUAUUAGGGAAUACCAGGAAAAUGAGUAGAAAUAACGGGAAAAUAUACGAAAAUAAUGCUUUUAUUAUUUUCAAUUUGGGUAUUUUGUUGCGAUUUGGCUAAAAAUAUUAAUAGAGACUUGAAAUUUUGAAAAAAUACUUCUUUUAGACGAAGUAAUAUGUCGAAAACAUUUGACCCAUUUUUGAACUAAUUUUAGACAUUUUAAUUUUGCAAGUUUUUCACGCAAUUUUUAUUUGGUACGUAUUCUGUGAACAAAAAUGUUUAAAAAGAAUUACUUGAAUAUUUAACAGGAUAUUCUUUAUCCAGAAAAAAAUUUGAGUGUAAUGUAGUAUUUUUUUUUUUUUUUAUAAAAGUUUUCAAAUAAAAUGUUAAAUCAUAAUAUGUCACGGCCUUUCAAAACAUGUAUAAUCGAACUUUUCUCUGAAUCGUUUAUAGUUAUUUACCUAUAUAAAUUAAAUAAUUUUAUAACUUAUGUAUCCUACUUCGCCAAUUUGCCAUCUACAGCAGAGCUACAUUCGGCCCUAGUAUCAGGGCUUGUUUUCUUUUUUUUUUGUGAAUUAUGCUUAUUAUGUUUUCAAUAUUAUUAUUGCAUUGGAUACUGUAGCGGAUACUACUGCAAAUAUCUAACAAUCUUUUUGCUUAUAGGGGAAACGAAAUUGGUUACUUUUAAAGACUCGUUUUACAGUUUAAUGGAACCUGAAUCGCUAGAGCCUAUGAUAAUGCUCCUAAUAUUGACGUUUUUUAUCAAUAUAAUGUCUGGUGUACCAUAUAUUCCGUAUCUGAUGGCCGUGUUUGACACGUUCAAAACACCUAUCCAUUCGGCUUGGGCGACGGUAAGGUCCUGCAUUAUUUAAAACGUAUGAAUAAAAAAAAAAACUUUACUAUAUUUUUAAUAAUAAUUUUUUCAAAUAUUGUAAUCAUUUGAUUUCCGCACAGGCGAUUUACACGGGGCUCAGUGUUAUUGGCAACGUCCCGACUAUAUUCAUUAUAAGCAGACUGGGAAAGCGAUUUUUGUCAAUGAGCACGAUGGCUAUCAGUUCGGUAUGCUACCUGUGCAUCGGAGUUAUCGGACAUUUCUGGACCUCGUCACUGAUCUCCUCGUGGGCACAAGUCAUUCUUUUCUUCGUGUCGAUAUUUGCCGCUUCGAUGGGCAUUAUGCCCAUACUCGGUAUCCUCAUGUGCGAACUGUACCCGAUGAAGUAAAAACGCUACGCUGUCAAUAAACGACCAUAUAUUUUAUAUUAUGUACUUACAAAAAUUUCUUGGCGUUUCAGAACGAAAAACAUGGGAGCCGGUAUCAGUUCGGCUACAUAUUUUAUCACGUGUUUCGUAAUGACCAAAUUUUAUUUGAAUAUCGAGAAUUUGAUCGGUUUUUACAAUACGUUCGUCUUAUUUGGUUUUUUCGGACUAACGGGUGUCGUGUACAUGUAUUUUCAACUGCCGGAAACCGAAAAUAAAACGCUGAAAGAGAUAUCCGAAAAUUUCAAAAAGAAAAGUCCGAAAAUCGACGUUCAGACUAACUGAUUGUAGGUUAUAAUUGGUUUCUGUUAUUUUAAUAUUCUAUUGAUGUAUAUAACCGAAAUCACAUUACGUUUGUUAUGCUCUUAACAUUAUGAGUACGUCACAAUGUCACACUGGAAACAAAAAAAACAUUAUGUCUUAUAGAAAAAAAAUUGUGUAGUGAAAUUUUGAACAAUGUUUUAUAGAUUUGUAAAGUUGUAAAAAAAAAGAUAUGGUUUACGAUCUCUCGAAUAAGUGGAAUUUAUGAAUGAUAUUAUCUUAAUUAAGCUAAUAGAA